UUGUUUUCUUUCGGGGGAACGCGACUCUUUUUGUUGUAUCCCUUCUCUGCCUCCGUCUGCGCUGAGGCCUAAUGGCGGAGCUGGCGGCCUCCAACUGCGACUGACCUAGAGGCUCUGGAAGCAGAUCCAGCCAGGACUCACCAACGAGAGGCUGGCCGAAUUUGGAGCUGUGGCAGCAUUCCGGUGGCGGCGGCCCGACUUGGGGCAGAGGCGGCAUUCCGGUGGCUGAGGUGGCGUUCCGGCCGCGGGCCAGUGGAUGACAUCAGUGGGAGCUCGCAGGUCACAGGUUGGUGACCUGUUUUUACGGAGCUCCCGCGGCAACAGCUGCAUCCGCUGGACUGGAGGGCGGCAUCUUCGGCAGCUUCGAUCACCCCGGGCCACGGAGCUUGAACCGGCCCGUUCGCGGAGCUCGGUUGAGCCGCGGGACUGACUUACCAUCGCCCGGUGGGGUAACAACAUCGGAGGCUUGGAUCGCUUCAGAGCAGAGGGAGAAUAAGGAGGGAAGAGACAGAGACUUUAAGACUUUUGCCUCCAUCACAGUGAGGAGGUGCCUGGUGAACUCACUGUGGUGGAUGUUAAUUUGUGUUGAUUGUGGGAUUUGUUAUUUAUUAUUAUAUGUAUGACUGCAGGCAAUGAAAUUAGAUAAAAGAAAUGGCAUAGUUUACAGGAAAUGCAUUUUUAGUUUCAUUUUCAGUUGAAGAGAUACGCAGCUUACAUUGAGCAAUCCAGUCAAGGCUGCCGAUCUACAUUUGGCCUGCCUUGACGAUCAGGUGCAGCAGCUGUGUGCACCAUGACACGAUAUACUACCUAUGGUGAUAUUACACAGGUUCAGACAACAGGAGCUUCCCAGACAACUGCAAAUCAGGACAAUCUAAAUUACAGUGGUGUUGCAGCCUCUCAAAGGCUGGUCAAUACUGACCUUCAGCGGUUGAACCAGUACAAGUCUUUGAUCAAGGAUGUUGCCGAUGCCAAGGAAAUCGAUGCGGCCCUCAUCGGCGCCAUCAUGUCCCGCGAAUCCAGAGCGGGCAACUGCUUGCAAAAUGGCUGGGGUGACCAUGGCAACGCCUAUGGCCUAAUGCAGGUUGACAAAAGGCAUCAUAAUAUAAAAGGAAGUUGGAACAGCAAAGAACAUGUUAUGCAGGCAACGCAGAUCCUGAUAGAUAUGAUUCAUGCCAUCGGGCUGAAGUUUCCAAGCUGGACAAGUGAAAAGCAACUUAAAGGUGGGAUUUCUGCCUACAACAUGGGACCAGGCAACGUUUCCAGCUAUGCGGAGGUAGAUAGUCAUACAACAGGCAGAGACUACUCCAAUGAUGUGGUUGCACGUGCUCAGUGGCUGAUAGACCAAGGGUUUUAGUUGUCACAGCUCAAGCAGCUCAUCAGUUUGUUCUGUCUAAAAUAACAAAACUUAAAUCACUGCAGCUGCAAAAAUGUCAGUAUUCAAAUUCUUUUUUUUUCAGUCUUUCAUUUCAUCAAUAAAAUCAAUUCAAAUUGUAACAUGAUGAUUUUAAUCUACAGAAAAUUAAAUGCAAAAUGAUAAAUAA